AUGCGGCUCCGCGUCGGGAGAGGCCGGGACCUGCGGGAGGUCCCCGCCCAUCUCCACGCGCGGUCGCGGCCUGUGAUCCCCAGCCCGACUGCGGGGGUGGGAGACGGCGCGUCACGGCCCCCGCGUGCGCGUGAGCGACGGCACCCAGCCUCAUCCCACCGGGCCGAGCAGGACCCUGGGGUGACACAGCGCCCGCAGCGGGGUGCCGGGGCGGGGACGCCGA